AUGUACAGUAGCCGCAAUAUGCACCCUGAGCUACCUCUAGACAUCCUCUUCACCAUAUUCUCCCACCUUCCCGUCUCAAGAAGUAGACUUGAACUAGGCCCGCGAACCUUAGCAUCCUGCCUCCAGACCAACUCUCAGUUUCGAGAUGCCGCCUCUCUCCCCUUGUUAUGGAAGCCUCACUACCAUAUCCGGUAUGAGCAUAGCGACCAAAAACGCGAGAGGGCACGCCGGAACGCAGUGCAAGAUAACAACUGGCAACUCUUGUACUCGGAGCGCCGGCGUUUGGACUGCAAGACCAUGCGACUUCUAGACGAAGUGGUGUCCAACAGAGUUACUCGUCAAGCGCAAGCUGAACUGGUUGUCGAGCUUGCGAUGGACGUAUGGGAUGCCUUGGAACUGGAAUCCGAGUGCCCUGUUCCCGCUCCUUUUGCCGACACUGAAUUUGAAAAUGGCAGCUGCAUCCCGGAUCACGCUAUCACACGACGUUUCUGGGCCAAAUCUCUCCUUGACACCAUCUCUCGAGGACACGCUGUCUCAAUAUGGAGGAGGUUCUGGGAACAUUCUGGGGGUCCUUCCUUUGAGGAAACGAUGACACCAAUAUCAUGCUUCUUAGGGUGCUCAGAAAAGAGAAUCACUGCUCAGUUGGAUGAUCUCGCGAACCGGUGUCGAAAAGACCUGGAAAACAAGGGUAUUGUCGUGAAUUCAGGUGAUCCUGGCUACAAUCUUGCCUCUUUGUGUAGAGGUAUCUGGUUGUUCAUGCGUGAGGAUGGCUUCUCUGCUCCGUCCAAACAAGAAUAUCAAGAUAUUCUAAAUAAUUUUCCACACGCAUCAUUGACCACGAAGAAGCGGACCAUCCCCAUUUCCCUGGCGCAUAUCUAUGCCGCCAUCGGCACUCGUCUUGGGAUCGAUGUUUCUCCUGUUAAUUUCCCAGGCACUGUUCUGGCUCAUGUCCUUCCUCGAGAACCUGGCGCCGAGCCUCUUAUAAUCAACGCAUCAGCCUCUCAACCGCAACAAGCUGUCGGUAACUUAUCCAUCGCAGACCCAGUUCCUGCCUGGAAUGCCAUGCAUGGCUAUUCGAACAUUCGUGAAUUUUUGGUCCCAUGCAGCGGCCAACUAAUGUUGUUGCGGGCAUCCAACAAUAUAUUGUCAUCCUUGAUGUCCGUCGCGGAUGUUCCUCGAUAUGUCGUUCGGCCGGCAGUCUUAUUCGCUGUCACCACACACCUGCUGUUUCAGGCGGACGAAAGAACUCUGAGGCGGUUGAUGUCAGAGGUGAAGCUCCAACCACUGGAUUGCAUUUUCAUGCGCAAGGAGCUGGCGCCGUGCCUCGUAGAAAGAUGCGCCGCCCUGUUGAAAGCUCACAUCGAUUUUGCGUUGGAAGAGGAGGCUGCGGACGAAAGCAAUCGGCGAACGCCUAAUGGACCAAAAUAUUUCGUUGGUAUGGGCUUUUACCACAUUCUUUAUGGUUAUUUUGGUUUUAUCUGGGGUUGGACUAAAAAUUGCGUCGCAACCGAGGAAUGGAUUGUCCAUAUGAAGAUGACGGAUCCCAACGAUACUUCCCUCUUUACUUUGAGGGCGUGGAAUUUCCUGCUGAACCUGGAAAGGGAGUGGACUGCCGCGAGGGAAGAGGAAGAUUGCUUCUGA